AUGUUAUUCACUGCGUUCUCUGCCCUUGCUCUUGCUAUCACUUCGGCUAUUGCUGCGCCAACCGCUAGCAACUUUACCUCUGUCUGCGGCUCGACCCCAAGUGACGAUGCAAUUGCUGCUGCCGAGGCACACUUUGCUGCCCAUAAAGUUCAGCUCAAGACGGACGCUAAAGCUAAAUUUGCUGCUACCAUUCCUGUCUACUGGCAUGUCAUCCAAGCCGGUUCUACACUUGCUCAAGGCAAUAUCCCCGAUUCGCAGAUAACCACAUCCAUUUCAGCCCUCAACUCACAUUAUUCAGGAAGUGGUCUUACGUUUACUCUUGCGGGAACUGAUCGCACUACCAAUGCAAACUGGUUCAACCUUGCUGGCCCCCAGGGUACCAACGCCGCAUACCAGACGGCAAUGAAACGCGCUCUUCGUAAAGGGGGGAAUGCCGCAGCCCUCAAUGUUUACUCUACCGGCUUUACCAGUGUCACCCCUCAAGGCCUCCUUGGCUAUGCCACUUUUCCUUCUUCCUACAGCGGUAACCCAUCCGACGACGGUGUGGUUAUUCUUUAUAGAACUGUUCCAGGGGGUUCUCUCACAAACUAUAACCAGGGCAAAACUUUGACUCACGAAGUGGGUCACUGGCUUGGUCUUUACCACACGUUUCAGGGUGGUUGCUCUAGCCCAGGCGAUUAUGUUAGCGACACUCCUCCCGAAGCCUCCGCUGCUUCUGGCUGCCCCACAGGUCGCGAUACAUGCGCUGGUGGAGGACUUGACCCAAUUAAUAAUUACAUGGAUUACACGUAUAAUUCUUGCAUGCGCGAGUUCACCCCCGGUCAAAUCACUCGCAUUAAAUCACAGAUUGCGACUUACCGCGGCAUUAGUGCUUAA